AUGCUCUACUCGUCUCUCGUCGUCGCCGUCUCGGCGCUUGCCGGCUUCGCCGUGGCUCAGAACAACACCGUCAUCCCUUGCUGCACAGUGCCCAUCAACAACGUGCCCGAGGGCGACAGGGAGGACUGGUGCAAUGCCCAGGAGAACACUUGCGUCGACCUCUGCGGUGGCCAGCGCAACGUUGCCAGCAACGGCAACACGUGCGAUGCCUCUACUCUCAACUUUGAUUGCAAAUGCACCAACGGCACCGACAUCUCCUCGGCCAUGAGCGCGUACGAGCAGACCGUCCCCGCCCAGAUGUGCUUCUUCUGGUACGACGCUUGUGUUAACGCCACCAUUGGCCCCAACGGCGAGGGCAACGCUGCACAGCAGUUCGACUGCGAGACCGCCCGCAACAACACGUGUGGUACACUCACGACCGAUGAUGGCUCUUCUGGCUCUUCUGGCUCUUCUAGCUCGUCUGCCUCUCCCUCCGCUACCCGCUCGUCCACCGGUGGUGCCUCUAGUUCCCAGGCUUCCACCACUGCGUCUAGCACUGCUGCUGCUUCCUCUGGUGCUGCCAUGGCCAACCUUGCUCUCGGCACCCCUGCUCUUGCCGCUGGUCUUCUCGCCAUAUUCGGUCUUGCCUUGUAA